AAGAAAUCAAUUUUUUGUAGAAAUCUAUAAAUGUGAAUGUAGGAACAAGAAGAAUCUCUCUGAAUGAAAAUGGGAAGACGAAGAAGACCACAUUGUAUUUUGUAUUUAUGUUUUCAGCUACAAUAACAAAUAUAGCAUAAUGUAUGGUGCCGCCACAUGUUUUUAACAAGUGUAAAGCAUUGCGAAUGCAGACAUUAUGACUAGUUUCAGAUAUUUGUUGCAUAUAGCAUAUAUGGGAAAGCCUUUCAGGGGCUCUCAAAGGCAAAUAAAAGCACUAUCACCCAGACCUGAUGACCCUUUAACUGUGCAAGGUAGGCUAGAAAUGGGCUUAAAAAGAUUAAAUCCUACAAACGAUCCUAUAGUACAGAUGUCUUCCAGGACGGACACUGGGGUUAAUGCUUUGAAUAGUAUCUGUCACGUAGACCUUACUAGAAGGAAUGACAUCCCCUAUCACCCCAAAAGUAUAACUUUGUGUCUAAAUAAAUACUUUAAUAAAGAUGAGGUUCCAAUUAGAAUACUGAAAACUUAUAAUGUUCCUCAGAGUUUUCACUGUCGACAAAAUGCUUUGUCCAGAACAUACCUUUAUAGAAUAAUGAUAGCUCCAACUGAAAAUCUACAUGCAGCUCCAAAUAUUAAUUAUAUACCAAUUGAAGAAUGGGAUAGGUGUUUGUUUUAUUGUACAAAUACAUUUGAUAUCGAGAGAAUGAAAGAAGGUGCAAAAUUAUUGGAGGGCUAUCAUGAUUUUAGAAGUUUUAUGGGAAAAAUUCAACAACGGGAUUAUAAAUUAACUCGAAGAGUCUUAGAAUAUAUACAUAUUAACUAUACAGGUAGACCCGGAUACAGUCCUUAUAGUUGGCCUGAUUUUGCGAAUACUUCUCCGAAUGACUAUAUAUUCUUGGACGUUUAUAUCAAAUCUAAAGGAUUUUUAUACCGACAGGUACGAAGGACUGUGGCAGCGUUGAUAGCAUUAGCACAAGAGAUGGUAGGGUCUAGAGUGUAUGUAGGUGGUCUGCCCUAUGGUACAUCGGAGCGGGACCUGGAGCGAUUCUUUCGAGGAUACGGCCGUAUGAGAGAUGUUUUAAUUAAAAAUGGAUAUGGGUUUGUUGAAUUUGACGAUUAUAGAGAUGCUGAUGAUGCUGUAUAUGAAUUAAACGGUAAAAAACUUUUAGGGGAGCGAGUUACAGUUGAGAGGGCAAGAGGCACUCCUAGAGGUCGAGACCAGUAUGCAUCAGGUGGCAGCAGCAGAAGCAGUAGAAAUGACGAUCGCCGCUCCUCAAAUAAUGACAGAUAUGGACCCCCCACCCGCACUAACUACAGGUUGAUCGUGGAAAACCUUUCCUCCCGCAUCAGUUGGCAAGAUUUAAAGGAUUAUAUGCGCCAAGCUGGGGAAGUUACCUAUGCAGAUGCCCAUAAAGAUCAUCGCAAUGAAGGAGUGGUUGAGUUUGCUUCAUAUUCUGAUAUGAAAAAUGCUAUAGAAAAGCUAGAUGAUACUGAGCUUAAUGGUAGGAAACUCCGCCUGGUCGAAGACAAAAAGAACAACAAAUCGCGUCGCUCAGCAUCUUAUAGCAGCCGUAGCAGAUCCCGAAGUCGUAGCCGUUCAGCAAGACGUUCCAGGUCACGUAGUCGCAGUUCCCGCUCCAAGAGUAAAUCAAGAUCCAGGUCACGGUCGCAAAGUGCUAAAGACGACCGAGAAAAAUCCAAGUCUAGGUCUCGUUCGAGGUCCAACUCUCGCAAAAAGUCUGAUAGAUCCAGGUCCAAUUCACGAAAGAAGUCAGUAGGAAGUGAUCAUUCCCGUUCUAGAUCACAUUCUAGAACUCCAGACAAGCGUUCCAAAUCCCGUGAAGCCUCCAAAGAAAGAUCCAGGUCAAGAUCUAGGUCUAGAUCAGAAAGCAAGGAAAGAAGUAAAUCAAGAAGCAGAUCCAGAUCACCAAAUUAA